AUGUUCAUUGGACGGCAUGAAAGUAGAAUUGAAAGUGAGAGUAGUGAUGAAAACGUUGUGAGUUUUAGAAGAAAAGUUAGAAAUAGAAUUUCGUCGAGUUCAAGCUCGGAUACUGAUGAAUCAUAUGCAAGUGAAGAUAUUGAAGAAUUACUAAAAGAACUGGCUUUAGACGAAGAAGAGAAAUUAAACACAGCUGAUAAUUCAUUGGAAAAGCCAAUGGAACGAGUUCGAUACCCCGGUGAAGUUCUUUCGCUAUUCUUGAAUGAAACAGUAAUAAGUCUUUUAGUCACAGAAACUAAUAGAUAUGCAGAGCAAAAAUUACUUGAACAUAAAACGACUGGUCACGCUGGACAAAAUAAAUGGAAUCUCACCACUUCCGAAGAAAUUAAAAAAUUUAUUGGAUUGAUGAUUUGGAUGGGUCUAGUACAAACACCGCUAAAGAAAUGUUGGUCAACGGAUCCUGCAUACAAUUUUUCAUUGCCGCGCAACACAAUGUCCCGCAAUCGAUUUGAAGAACUGCUAUCAAACUUGCAUUUUGCUAACAAUGAAACGAUAGUACAAAAUAACAGACUUGGAAAAGUUUUACCACUUGUAGACAUAUUGAUGGUUAAUUAUCAGAAGGAUUUUUCACCAGGCAAAGACAUUGUUGUCGACGAGACAAUGGUUCCGUGGAGGGGACGACUAGUAUUUCGGCAGUAUAUUCCAACAAAGUCACAUAAGUACGGUGUAAAACUGUUCAAACUAUGCUCCACCGAAGAAUAUACAUGGUCUUCAAAAAUAUAUAAUGAUUCUUUAUAUAUCGGUUAUUG